AUGUUCGCUUCAAACUUAUUCCAACAGCUCCCACGUCCGACCGCGAGCUUAGUUCUCGCGGCUCUCCUCGCUUUUGGGGAAGCGCACAUAUUGCCUCGCCAGACCAAAACCCUCCCCCAUCGCACCCUAAAUGUCGAGUCAUGGCCGCCCCUGCCUACCGAAGCGCCCCUUCCACUCGCCGAGAUCAACGCCGUCCUUCGUCGUCAAGACCUUAAUACCGUCUGCGGAUAUCUCCAAGGAGACGCCAAUAUCCCCGUUACUUGCGGCGCAGGAUCCCACUGCGUUUUAGACCGUGAACACAACGCUAUAGGCUGCUGCCCUGAUGGCGAGUUGGUUUGCACCACCGGCAUCUUCACCGGAUGCGUCGACUCCAACAGUGGACCACAGACGGAGCUAAACCCAUAUGUUUACACAUGUGGUGGGGGCAAUGUCUGCUAUCGGAAUAUGUUUGCUGGUGGCUUCUCCCAAUACGGAUGUGGCACCGCAUCGGAUCUCGCCGCUAGUGUUGCGACUGCCGUCUCCGGCGCGCCCUCCCAGCUUAGCUUCCUACAAGUCACGAAUUCAUUCACGGCCAAAGUCGUGACGGUUUCAGAACCCAUAACUAUUGGCACCCGUACGGGAACCCGAUCCUCGUCAUCGACGGCAACAUCUACCACCUCGACUACCUCGUCGUCGGCCUCUACCUCGUCAUCGACGGCUGAUAAAGGAGACGAGGCCGAAGCGCCAGAAGACCAAGGCUCUAAGAACCAGACCGGCGCAAUCAUUGGAGGAACGAUUAGCGGGAUUGCCGUCCUUGUCGCGCUCGGGGCUCUGGCAUUCUACCUUUGGAAGAGGAAGCAACGAAAUCCUCGCAUCGGCCCUCCCAUGCUUGAUACUAAAUACAUUAGCCCUAUGUCACAUGGCGGCCGCGGAGGCUUUACCCCAUCGCUCGCGUACGGCUUGCACCCCAACGACCCUUCGGACCAGAUGCCCUUGACGGGAGGAUACGAUGACUACCCCCGCGGCUAUAGCGAAGCUCUCGAAAAUAUUAAGGAGGAGGAUGAGACUGCCGUGGGGGCCACGGGGCUCAAACUGGAGGAGCCAGUAGUAGCCAGGAUGCCGGCCACAGCCGCGGCCAUAGCGGGAGUUCUGAGUCGGAAACUCCCUUUGGCAGCAAAAUCGGCGGCAGAGCAGGAAUAUGAUGUGGCUAUAGUUAGUCGUGGGGCGAAUCGAUGA